AUGUCAAUGUCAAGAAUUGGUGAUUCCCAGAAGAGAGCAGUUGCUCAUGUAGCUCUGUUUCCUAGUGCAGGAAUAGGCCACUUGGUCCCAUUUCUGAGAUUGGCCGCCAUGCUUGCUUCUCCUAAUUGCCAAUGCAGAGUUACCUUGAUUGCUGUUCAGCCUCCAGUUUCUGCUGCAGAGUCCAACGAAUUGUCUGCCUUCUUUGCUUCCCACCCUCAAAUCAAUCGGCUUGAUUUUCAUAUCCUAAUUCCCAGCAGUCCAUCCGAAUUUGCAGACGCGGAAAAACCUGAUCCUUUCUUUGCUCGAUUUCGAGCUGUUAGUAGCUCAGUUCAUCUCCUGCAUCCUCUCUUGGCUUCCUUAUCUACUCCGCCUCUAUCAGCCAUCUUCGCUGACUUUGUUGUUGCAGCCGAUAUCAAUCGUCUAGCUGAUGAAUUAUCUAUCCCCCUUUACAUUGUAUCCACCUCUUCAGCUAGAUUUUUUUCGCUUAUCGCUUGUCUUCCUGACUUGAUACUCGAAAGCAAAAGUUCGGAAGACUCUAGCAUUCAGCUUCCGGGUUUAGCUUCGGUGCCAAUUUCAAGCCUUCCUCCUCCCUUCUUUACUCCAGAUCAUAUUUUCACAGCCCACAUCCGUUUAAAUGCUCAAUUUCUCUCGAAAGCCAAGGGUAUUCUACUUAAUAGCUUUGAUUGGCUUGAGUCUGAAACAAUUGCUGCAGUAAAUACUGGCAGGGUGCUGGCUCAUUUACCGCCUUCCCUCCCCAUAGGACCAUUCGAGCCUUGUAAGGCUGUCGUGAAAGCUGGCUCUUAUCUGCAGUGGCUAGAUGGCCAACCAAAUGAGUCUGUAGUCUAUGUUGGCUUUGGAAGCAGAACAGCAUUGUCAAAGGAACAAAUAAGAGAACUAGGAAAUGGACUGGAGAGAAGUGGAUGCAGAUUUCUUUGGGUAAUAAAGACUACAAAAGUUGACAAAGACGAGACGGAAGAUCUGCAAGAUUUGCUUGGCAGUUCAUUUCUUGAAAGAACAAAGAAGAAGGGGCUAGUUUGUAAAGGAUGGGUGGAGCAAGAGCAAGUUUUAGCGCAUCCAGCAAUCGGAGGAUUUGUAAGCCAUUGUGGGUGGAAUUCUGUAACUGAAGCAGCUCGAUUCGGGCUGCCUCUAUUGGCUUGGCCUCUACAUGGAGACCAAAAGUUGAACGCAGAAGUGACAGAGAAGGCAGGCCUUGGAGUGUGGAUGAGGCAUUGGGGUUGGCUGGGGGAGAAUCUAGUGAAGGGAGAGGAGAUUGGGGAUCAAAUUGUCCAGUUGAUGCAGGAUAAAACACUGAGGAUAAAGGCAAAGAAGGUGAAAGAAGAAGCUAGGAAGGCCUAUGAAGUUGGUGGGAGUUCUAAGAAAGUGCUUCUGGAAAUCAUAGAAAAUCUUUGA